AUGGCUGGGUCUGAUGCUGCGUACAGAUUUGGUCCUUUAUUGACGAGACUGCCAAUCAUCGAACGGCAUGAAGAACGGAUUCAAAAGCGAUGGCGCCAGAAGACCAAGACUAAGCGUCGUCAGAUCCUUCUCUCCGCAUGGCCAAACAUGUCCAAGAUGCACAGGCCCGACUAUGACGCAUUCAAAAAGGGACGCCGCGAAGAGUCGAGGGAGGCAUACAUGUGGCCUUAUAUCAAUCUGGAGGACCUGGAACAAACAAGACCGUUGCUCCUGCUCCUCAAUGCUCGCGCUCGGCAACAGCCACAAUGUUUUGCGCACGCGGACUACCAUGCUCCACAUCUUGGGCAUGGCACAGGUGCUAUCCGCUCUGCUUUUCUCAACCUGCAUACGAUGAUGUUCACUGGUCGGACGACACCGGAAACAUACGGAGAGCUGAUUGCAUGGGACGACGAUGAUGACGCAUCUCUAUGGCUUCAUAAUGGUAAAGGUUUCCAUCCCGGCCAUGGGCUAGUGCUUCUGGAAAUACAACAGCGGAUCUACGAAUUUCUUUUAGAUUGUACCCGUCAAAUACUCCACGAUAUUCCUGAGGAGGCCUUGGUCAAGGACUUCUCUCUCGCCUUGGCCUCUCUAAAAGACAUCAUCGAUGCUAAACGCUCAGCUAUGGAGGAUCAUCUUAUAGCGUUACGGGAGGACCCCGGAUACUUUGCAGACGUUGUCAAUGAGUACAAGGAACAUCGCGACGAGGUCAUCCCAGAUACUAACGGCAACCCGCAUCCGACAUUGGCACCACAUAUUCACCCAUUAUUCUGGAACCGAGUUCUCCAAGACGUUCUGCUUUCCAAAUAUCAUGACAGGAUAUCGCCGGAGAAAGACCUGCCUACAGACCUCUAUAACGCGUUUGUAGAACUGAAGUAUAUCCUGGAACAGUUUGCCAUUGGUCCAGUCAACCAGCUCAAAAUAGCAGCUCCAGCCUCCCCUCCAUUGCGAUCACUCUUUGUUCGGCAACCACAACAGUCGGGCACUUCGAAGAUGAUUGCAGAAACCCGGGCGGGUGUAUCAAGGUCCAAGAACCAGGGGGGCCUGCUUUGGAUUCUUGAAGCGCUCUGGGGGGAUAGCAACGUGGUGUUUUUGGCAGGUCGGAAAACGCUCAUGGAUGAGCUCGAAUGUCUCGUUGUAAUGGACCCCAAAAACAAGGAGCUCGUCUCGAGCCGAGUUGCUAGCAUCAUUUCAGACUUGGCAGUUAUCUCCGAAUGUCUUCAUCAAAUUGAGCUCUACCAACCGUGGGCGAGUACAUUCGAAAAUGGGUUUGUUGAACGGCGAGAUGAAAUCCAGAAAGAAUACAGCAACCUAACCAGCGGUUGGGACAAGUACCUGGUAAGCUUCGAGGGGACUGCUCUAGCCAAACUUGGAUCGCCGGAAGAUGGUCGAUUCCAUUACCCGGCCGAAAAGCGACGGAAUCAUGAAAAUGUCGAACUUAUGAGAGCUGCGGAGAGGAAUCUGGAUGCCUUCUGGCGUGCGGUGGAUUCGCAUUUGCCAGUGACCCGUGGAAUGGCCCGACGCAACGCUGUGUACAAGGUGCUUACUAGGAUUUCUGGAAAGCUCCAACGAACGCCUGCCUGGGUAGAGCCGGUAAAGCGACCCGCCAAAGUGAAAACCUUGGAGAAGAGUCUGGCAGAUCUCCAAUUCGAGCUGGUACAUCGAACCGAGAAGACCAUUGAGCCGGCUACUGCUCCUUUGCCCAAGGAGAAGGUGAAAUCUCAAGGACAGCCCAGUACGUCUGACAAAGCCGUGGAAGCCGAUGUGCCUGCCGAAAAUGGAUAUGAUAUUCAGCCAACGUUCAAGGUGGACAAGCGGUCAUUGAAGGUCUUCUCCACACUAUUCUACCAGCCUUCGCAAACUGCUCACCCCGGAGAGAUCCCGUGGAAUGAUUUCCUCCACGCUAUGGGCACCACCGCUUUUACGGUGGAGAAGCUCUACGGCUCAGUGUGGCAGUUCACACCGAGACAUCUGGACGUCGAGCGCAGCAUUCAAUUUCAUGAGCCGCAUCCUAUUGCGAAGAUCUCUUUUCGGGUCGCAAGACGGAUUGGAAGGAGGUUGAAUAGAGCUUACGGUUGGCACGGCCAGAUGUUCACAUUGGCGUAA